AUGGGAUGGUGGUGGAGUUCAGGUACCUCGAAGGGGCCACCAUCUGCACCUGCUGCUCUGUCAAAUGCUGUAAAUGAUGACCUGCGCUCCUCACCACCAUCGGCUCCUCAACUCGAAGCCACCCAAAAGCCUCAACCUAGCAAAGUCUUAACACGCGACGAGGAGAGCGAACAAGAAUUAGCAAAUUGGCUCAGGGAAUUGGAUUCCGAGUCUACACAAAAUACAUCCUCGAAGCAAUCAUCCAACGCAAUAAAACGAAAUCCCGACAUCUCACCAGACUCGCUCUAUCCAAGAGAAAUCUCCUGCCGCUCCGCUUUUGACUACGCUUUCUUCUGCCAAACGUUCGGCGGGCAAUUCGUCAAUGUCUAUCGCUACGGUACCUUCCGAUCAUGCUCGAACCACUGGCAGGAUUUCUGGCUAUGUAUGCGCACAAGACAAUGGGAGAAGGAAGACCGCGAGAAGGCGAUUGCGGAUCAUUACAGGAAGAAGGCGAUCAAAUAUAAGCAGGGCCCAAGCAGUGAGGAUGUGUGGGAGAUGAGGACUGAGCCAGUCAAAGAUGCUUUUCAGGGUGAUCUGGAGGCAUUGGAAAGGGAGGUGGCGGAGUGGAGGAGGCAGAAUCCUGGUGCGAAGGAGCCUUGGGAGCAAUGA